AUGUUAUCAAUUCAAUUGGGUAAUAUUCAAGUUUUAAAUUUCUUUUUAAACUAUCCAACUUUUAAAAACUCUGAAAUAAUACAAUUCGAUUCGACCGUUUCAAAUAAUUAUAAUAUGAAAAAGAAUUCCCUUGAAAUUAAUUCAAAUCAAAUUUGUCAUCUUAUUAUCAAUAAUAGAUUAGAGAUUUUAAAAUACCUAUACAAAGAAAGGUUAUUGGGAAUUUCUGAUUUUCAAGAUUUCUCACUUGAUACUCGUGCAAAUUCAACCAUUUCCAGAAAAUCCAUAUUUUCUACUCUUUUACAAAAAGAUAAUUAUACUUUCUUUGCAAAUUAUCUGUAUCAGUUUUUAUAUCACCAUCAAAUAUUAUAUUACCUGAAAAAUUAUUUUAUUUUAUAUUAA